UGUGCAAGAGGCAGAGGAGCACAGCGAGAGGGUCCUCACUGAGAUUUAAUUUAUUUAUUUUUUAAAUUUUAUUUUCAUUUUAUUGAAAGCAGAUGCUGUGGUGAAAGUGCUGAUCCGAGAUCAGGAGAAGGCUGUAUUAAAUCAAGUAAAUAGACUGCAGGAACAGAGCUGAAGAGGAGAUGUACUGAGUUUGAAGGCCUCCUACAAAUAGAGGAUCCAAUCCAGUUACAUUCCUGUAUCCAAAAUAAGCAAAACAACACAGAUGUUCUUAAAGGUGAAAUUGAAACUGUUAUAUUAAUAACUGGAAACAAAAGAUCGCAUGGGGGUUAAACCAAAGAGCAGAGAGGAACAGCGAGGAGCCACUAUGAAAAACCGGGAUCAGAUUUAGGAACAGAGAAGAGGGCUGGAGAGAGCACUGACUAUGGCACUGGGGAACUGGGGAACAGUAACUGGCACAGUGGCUGGUGAAGUAAGAGACAAAGAUGGUGGUUGUGGCUGGACUGGGGAGCACAAGACAAACAGGUACUGAUGUACUAAUGAGGAUCGAGAGAUUGGCAGGUGUGACUGCCAACAGUGGCUUCUGUUGGCCAAACAGGAGCUUGACAGACAGAUUUUGACAGUCAUUUUAAGGGAAAUGGCACAAACUCUAAGUCACUUCUUUACGGGCUGCACAGAACAGUAUGCUUUGCUUGUCUGACAAUUUCCAAACAGGAGUGGUUGUAAACCAGAUAGGGCCACCCCCUCAUUUUUAUCCAGCUGCCAAACGGGUGAGACAUUGUUCAAUUUGUUAAAAAAGAAAUAGUCACAUUUUACAAAAACAAAAUUAUUGAUGUAUUAUUUUGCCUCAUGCCUUCGUUUAUAAUAAGCAAACCUUCAGGUCAUAGACAAUUAUGGCAAUGACUGUCACAGUAUAUAUUAUCAAGAUAGGUAUGGAUCUCAGGGCUGUCAGCUACUGAGUUCAGCUUUGAGAAAAAUGAGAUAAAAAAUAAUUACAAAACCUAUAAAACACAUGUAUAAGUAAAGAACUUGAACUUGAAUUAGUUCAGAUUUUUGAGAGAAUUUGAAUCACUGUUUAAGUCCAGAUAAUCUUGGUAAUGUAGGGUUACUGCAUGAGUUGUGAUGAAUGAAACAGGUAUACAAACAAUACCCAUAACAUCUGGUAGCUGAUUAUGAAGAGGGUUUAUUUUUUGAAAAGAUAAGAACAGAAAACUCACUCACUGUUUUUCGUCACAUUUAAAAGAAAAAGUUAAAUGGACUUGAAUGUGAACUAAAUGGUGAACCAUGAGCAUGAAUUUAUUAUUUUUUUCCUGUAGGAACAGAACAUUUAACUAAUGCGGGUGCACUGCAAGCCCAGAACCAGUCUGUGGUUACUCUUGGCAAAUUCUGAAACAAAUUCAUUCAUGUCUAGAUUUUCUGUGCUUUCCUUCUCAUGUGCUAGAAUGGCUAAAUUCCUCUUCCUUGAAUGCAGCAUUGUUCUGCAGCUGGCAUCACGGGCAACAGAAUACUCGAGCCAUGGUCGAGACUGAUACUGUUAAAUGAGGGGAAAUCCAAAAAUGUGCAGGGCUCCGGCCCCCCAGGACUGCAGUUUGACACCCGUGAUCUAUAUCAUUCAAAUGUGUGUUAACGAAUGGGGUAAUUGUGCAAUAAUUCAUUUCUUUUCAUAUAUUUUGGUCUAUGUACUACAGUUUGUCUUUGUUAUUUCUUUUUGAUAUUUAUACAUUUUAUUUAGCAUAUAUUUUAAUUUUAAAUUUCAUCAUUAUUUAAUUUUAUCGUUCAAAAUAUCAUUGAAAAUGGGGGGAGGAGGAGGAGGUGGGAGAUGGACUCACAAUUUUUUGUUGACGGGGGGAUAGAGUUCACCUAGGGUGCCAUACAAGCUAGAACCACCACUGGGGCUUCAAAUCGCAGCAGCUGGCGUGUUCUCCCUGUGUUAUGUGGGUAGAUCGAGAUUUCUCUCACAUUAUUGACUUUGCUGUGCUGAAAAGGACAGUGUUUUUCACUUGUGCUGUGACUUCUCUGGUGCACUAGGGGGAGACAGAGUCAUUUGCAGCGUAAACUGCAGCUCAGCCUGGAAAUGCUGCCUGCUGACGAUCUCGGCUCUCUGUGUAAACAUCCUGCUGCUGGGCUUGGUGCUGAGUCGCGUAGCCCUGAGGGUUUGAGUCACUGGAUUUCUGAUGGGCUCUUAUAUCACUGUGUUUCCCUCACUUUGGUCUCUCUGCUCUGUCGUAGACCAUGUUUCUUACUGCAUAACAGCCAGCAUAUCUGGACCGUGGCAAACCAUACAGAUUUACACUUUUUAAACACAUUUGGUGUUUCAUAACCUUAAGAUAUACUGCUCAGUUUUACCUUCAAACUCAGAUCCAUCCUUCACCGCCCCUCUGGGCUUCCCUGACCUCCAGCUCUCACUGCAGCAAUAGAGGAUGGUGGCUCCACUCACAGACAGGCUGCAGUGCCUUCAUUGUUUGCACGGGGUUUCUGUGAGUGGAGCAGCGUCACUGAUGAUCUAAUUCUGGUUUCCUGUGUAAUGUGACUUUCUAGCCUACUGCAGUUGUGAUAGACACACAAAGUAUUAUUGAUAUUGGGAUUUAAACAGUGCCAUCAAAAAAAAAUAAAUCAGCACAGUGUUCAACAAGUUUUGCUACUGGCUGUUUAGCAGGUUAUCCGUGUAUCUUUUUCUUUUUUUCAUGCCCUACAUGGUGCUGCGCAUGUUUACUUGUGUGUUUGUCUGUAUUUUCAUUUGUCUUUCAUUUGUUAUUAAAUUAAAAUAUUGUUCAUUAUCUUUCUAGACAAUGCCCAGCCCUAUGUGGUAUCAGUGAAUACCAGAAAGCAAAAAUCACUACUGUGACUACUCAUAUCCUUGAAAAAAUGGCAGUGAUGGAACCCGGGCUGCCGAUAUUCUGCUCAGCAUAAGUUUACCCUACUUUACCCUACUUUACCCUAUAUUUGCUUGUUUGGAGGCUGCCUGCCCCCAAAUAAGUUUCCUCUAAGCCCCCCCCCCAAUUAAAAAGAUGUUUCCACCCACAGGAUGCACAGUUAGUCGGGGUGCUUUAUCAUGUUAUAUCAUUGACCACAGACAACAUGUUGUGUUGAAAGGUCAUGAUGGCGGCCGUUUCAGAAAUGCUGUAGCCAGAGGGCCAGACACUAAGUUUAGCCUCACACUAUUCACAUUAUGAUCCUAUUAGGUCAUUUUGUGCCCCCUUUUUGUUCAAGUGUGCGUGUGUUGCACCUGUUAUAUUCUCUGCGGCAGUAAAGACACAAAAUGUAAAAUUGAUAGAUAUCAGUAAUGUCAGAGCGGAAGAGAGAGACCAGGAAGAGAGAGCCAGUCUUCAGAGGGCUGGGGUCUCUGACAGACUCAGUCAUGGCUCCUCUGCUCUUCCUCCUCCACGUCUUCUUCAUUAGGCUGCCAGGUGGUGACAGUGUGAGGACAUUUAGGUAUUUAACUGUGCAGAGUGGAGAAUCUCUCACCAUCCCAUGUUUCUAUGAUCAGAAGUAUAAAGACCAUGUGAAAUACUGGUGUAGAGGGAAAUUAUGGUCCUCCUGUACAAUCAUGGCACGCACAGACUCACCACAGAGCUCCAGUAAAGUGUCAAUCACUGAUAGUCCCGCCAAGCUAGUUUUCAAUGUGACCAUGAGGAACUUGGAGACAAGUGACACUGGUAUCUACUGGUGUGCUGUAGAGAUUGGUGGAAUUGGUGAGAUGGAUGACUUCCAGUCUCUCUUGAUAGAGGUUAAAGCUGCUCGGAGUGUGAGGACUGUGAGCUGGGUAUCUGCAGAGAGAGGAGGAUCUGUCACCAUCCCAUGUUAUUAUGAUCAGAAGUAUAAAGACCAUGUGAAGUACUGGUGUAGAGGGCGUGAUUGGAAUUCCUGCUCCUCAUUGGCACGUUCUGACUCCAAUCAGUCAGCAGGGAAAGUGUCAAUCAGUGAUGACCCCGCCCACCUGGUCUUUAAUGUGGCCAUGAGGAACCUGCAGGAAAUGGACUCUGACACUUACUGGUGUGCUGUGGAGAUUCACGGUGCAGCAGAUGAUGGUGUCUAUCUACAGCUGAUGGUGAUGGAAGCAACAGCAGUUUCACCCAAACAGGCUGAGCUGACUACAGCUUUACAGCAGACAGAAAGUUUUACUUCAGCUACAAGGCAGAGAGACAAUUUCAAUUCAGCAACAAAACACCCAACAGGAUGGGCUGUGACCACACGUCCCUCUGGUGCCUUGACUUCCAACACUAAUGAGAAUCUGAACAGCACACAUUCACCCAGUCACUGUUAUGAUCAUCUGGAUUCUGCGGAGAACAACCAAAAUGCUGAUCAGUAACAGAAAUAGACCCAGCCGCCCUCAGACCACAGAGCUUGGGGAUGAGCUGAUCUACAGCACCAUGGUCUUUAAGAAACCAUCAGCACAACCUUCCUCUGUAGACCCUGGGGAUGAAGUGACAUACAGCUCAGUCAAUCUACAGGACAGACAGGGUAUGGGGUGGCUUGUCCACAGUCUGGUGCUGCUUUUUUUGUGCUUGACUCAGUGGUCACUUUUGACUUCUACCCGCGUCGUGUGGAUCCCCUGUUUCGUGGUCUGCGACUGGAACUGCAGGUGCACGGUGGCGUCUGCAGGGGGCACCAUAAAUGUCACUGAUUUAGCUGCUGCGGCUUGGCCUGCUCUGCUGCCACCCUGCUUGCUCUGCCGCUGCUGCUCUGCCUUUUUGUCUUUUAUGCUCUGCUUUUUAUGCUCUGCCUUUUCUUGUUUGUUUUGUUUUUUUUUUUUUUUUGCUAAGAGUCUAAGGAGGGCCGGGGUGUGUGCUGGUUCGCGAAAGCUGGUGGUGUCUCCUACAAUUGUGUGCAGUCUGUGUGUUACAGCACAGGGUGGGUUUGUCUUGCCAUGAGUGUGCCCCACAUACUCUAUGCAGUGUCUUUUACGGAGAAUGUCAACCUGAUAUCCCAGUUGGUCUGCCUUUCAAUGGUGUCAAAUCAGACUCGCCACAACCUGAAUGUUGAAUUUAUUUACCAUAAUUUUAAUGUGUUAACCUGCAGGAUUAACACAUUCACCUGUCCUAUUCCAGAGCUCUUUACCAAAAGCUAUGGGUGCAAGGCAGGGAAUAACCUAGGAUAGGGUGCCAACCCAUUGCAGGGCACACAUGUCAUUUACACCUACAGACAAUGUGGUAACUCCAAUCCACCUCAGCAUGUUUUUGGACUGUUGGGCGUAAACAAAAGAACCUGGAGGAAACCGCACAGGGAGAACAUUCAAACUCCACACACAUGGGACCAGAGCAGAGACUCAAACCCUGGUACCAGAGAUGUAAAGCAACAUUUCUAACCAAUGCGUCAUUCCCAACAUAAAACGUGUUAAAAUAUUUUAUAGCAAUGAAUUGUUUUUCUAAGAAAAUUUGCCAUCAGUCUAAAAAUAUAAACUGCUAUAGUUCAGUUUUAUGAUCCUUUCUAGUGAAAUCAUGAACAUUCCGUAAUGGUAAAUAGUUCUGUUUUACCUGGCAAUGUAAUGAAGAUGAUGUGGAGGAGGAAGAGGAGAGGAGCCAUGACUGAGUCUGUCAGAGACCCCAGCCCUCUGAAGACUGGCUCUCUCUUCCUGGUCUGCUCUGAUACCACUGAUAUCUUUGUUCUCAGACAAAAUAAGGUGCAACACAUGCGCACAGUAACAUGUAGCAAAUGCGCAGAAACUGUGUGAUUACACGACUCUAUGGGGUCUAUAGGGUCUCUAUGGAGGGCCACUGUAUACCUGACCAGAAAAAGGGGGAGGAAAUGAUGCUGACUGAGGUGUUUUGGUUAUUGUCUGGUUCUCUGGAUGCAGCAUCUGUAGUUCAUUGUGAGCUAUGUGGUGAACCACACCCUGCGAGUGUGUCAGUGACACUGUGCCACUCACAGCAAGCCCAUGCAAACAGUGAAGCCGCUGUAGCUUGUCUGUGGGUGGAGCCACCAACCUCUCUUGUUGGUGGAGACUCAAGGCCCUGGAGUGAGAGCUGGAGAGCAAGGGAGCCCAGAGGGAUGUGAACUGAACCAGAGAUUAAGGAGGAGAGGAUGAAUCCAGACUGGAAGUGGAGAAAAACGACAACUGACAUCCACGGAGGAGGAUUCAAUGCAGCGGUGGAGGAUUUAGAGGAGAUACCACAGGGAGUCACCGGAGACUGAAAAGAGGACAAAAUGAGAGGAUUGCCAGUGUUGCGCGGGAUACCAGUACUGAAAAGAUACCGUGGGACCACAUUUUUGAAAGCUGUUCAGUAUUACAUUUCUUUAGUACCAGUGUUGUGGUUUAAGUGGUGAUCCUAGUAACUAGUGGCAUGCGUUCACUUGUUUUUGCAGGAGAUGGAUGCAGAUUCAUCAAGUUUGGAGAUCCAAAUAGGAUAAAUAAAAAUACUCAAAUGUAGAAAAGGCCCCACAUGUCUGUAAAAUAUGGCAAACAUGCAUACAGUUGUAAAGGUGAUGUAGCAGCCUACAGUAUGAAUAUAAAAUUGAAUAUCUUAUGAAAAUAGAUUGCGGUUUAAAUAUAUAUUUUAAGUAAACACAAGUAUAUGAAUAUUGUAUUGUAUAAGUAUAUUGAUGAAUCUACCAUUACCACACAUCUGCAAGGAUAAAUAAACAAAUAAACCGGAUUGUAUGGGGAAGGUAUGGUUACAGUAUCCAUUUACAUUGUGUGUCCUCUUUGUUAUUGUACAGUGUAACAGUAAUGGUACAUGACUGCAGAACCCAGUUACAGUGUGUGUCCUCUCUGUACUUGUGCAGUGUAACAGUAAUGGUACAUAAUUACAGUUUCCAUUUACAGUGUAUGUCCUCUCUGUAAUUAUACAGUGUAACAGAAAUUGCCCAUGAUUUCAGUAUCAAUUUACAGGGUGUGUCCUCCCUGGAAUUAUACUUAAAUGGUUAAAGUGCUAUACAUUUGAAUACAGUUACAGCUUUAAGUUCGGUCAUAAUUUAUAACGAUAAGUAAAGUACAGCUGGAAAAUACAGUUGGUAUCAAUCUAAAAUGUUCAAUUGGCACGUUGAAAUGUUAUUUGUAAUGUACAUUCUUCCCUCUUGUGUCCAAUAUUGGUGCUACAAAGAAUGUCUCUAAGUUCUAGUCCCUUACGCUGAAUGGCCACUACAGUGUUACUUAAAUAAACCUCAAUACAAUAGCAUUUAAAUGUAUUUACUAACAACCUAUUCUGGUUUAAUGGUAGAAUAUGUACACAGUUAAGAACCCCAUACAUACUCAGACACAAAUAUGCACAGAAGAUGAGUCUCUGACUUAACUGUUAAUCUUUUGGUUCCCAAAUAAUUAAUAAUGUUUCAUAAUUAUUUUCCAUGGUGUAUAUUAUCUAUCACCCUGUCACUUUUUCUUAUUGCACCCAGGCAUUCUUUAGACAUUUUAUUUACGUUGAUUACGGUGGAGAGGAUGCUUUUGUUGUUUGAACACCACCCUCUUGUGGUCUUUAUUUGUUACACCAGGAGAUGCCUCAGUCCCAAGACAAAUUCAUUAUUCGAACCUCAAGGCAAUAGAAGCACAAUAUUUCUGAUCCAUACAAUUCACACUCUCAUGGACAGAGGACACUCCAAAAGCUCCAGCAUUUAUCACUGACCCCUGCAAUACACAGCAA